AUGUCUUCCGUGACGGAUCUCCAAGAGUGGUUUGAGGAUUCAAACGAAGCACUCUCCAUCAGCCUCGUCUCGCCCACAUCGUCUGGAGUCACAACCGUGGCGACCUUUCAUCCCAGAUUCACCUACUCCAUCUUCGGCGAUGACGAGAAGAUCUUUGGCUACAAGGACCUCAAGAUCGCCUUGCGCUUCCGCGCCAGCGACAUGCGACCGCACUUGCGUCACACCUACAGCAAGAAACUGAAGCCGUCACCCGGAGUUGAAGAGCCUGUCGAUGUGGUGGCUGUGCUGGACGAGGGCCAUCAUCUGCCCAAAGUUGCCUUUGUGAAGGCGUCCGACUUCGAGGACAGCUCGAUCCAGCUCGGCGACGACUGGCACCCGCCUGGUGAGCUUGAGGCAACGAUCAACGACGGGAAUGACAGAUACGAGAUUUGGAGAGGCAGCCUUCAAGAUGGCGCCGUCAAGCAGCUCAACAACCGUGUUCAGAUACUUGUCCCGCUUUUCAUCGAAGGAGGAAGUUACAUUGGACAGGAUCAAGAGUCAUCCUCGUCGGAUGUCAGCAUCCCCGACGCCGAUCGAUGGACCGCCUUCUUUCUCUACAAGACGCAGCAAUCCGCUGAGGACGCCGAGAAGAAGUCGUACGUGUUCGUUGGCUAUUCGACCGUGUACCGGUUUUUCUACCUCCAGCCCACUUCACCCUCCAAGUCUCCUCGAGGGGAUUGGGAGUUGCCCAAAGGGGACUUGGACAUGGCGGAGCUUCCUUGCAGAACGAGACUUUCCCAGUUCGUCAUCUUGCCCCCCUUCCAGGGUAGGGGCAACGGACAUCGCCUGUACAAGACCAUUUUCGACCACUACCAGAGACACCAUCAGACGUUUGAGUUUACUGUGGAGAACCCGAGCGAGUCCUUUGACGAUCUCCGAGAUAUUUGCGAUCUUGCAUUCCUCCGGGCCGUUCCCGAAUUCCGCGCGUUGCGCUUGGACCAGUCGGUGUCGAUACCGAAAUUUGGCACGGUGCCGAGCCUAAUCGUUGGCGAAGAGACCCUCGAGGAUGUGCGGAAAAAGGUCAAGAUUGCGCCACGACAGUUCGCCAGAGUCCUCGAGAUGUAUCUCAUGUCUCAGUUGCCUCGAUCCGUGCAGCCGAACUUGGACCUGGACGAAGUCCUUCCGCAGCCGACGAAAGCCGACCAGCACCAGGCUCGACUUUGGAAGUUGAUAGUCAAGCAGCGGCUGUAUCGACACAACAAGGAUGCUCUCUCUCAAAUCGAGCCCUCCGAGCGCAUCGAGAAGCUGCGCGAGACGCUGACCGGCGUCGAGCUGGAAUAUGCUCGAAUUCUGGCCGCCUUUGCCCGGGCUAUGGGGCAUGCGGGCCAGUCGCAAGCCGGAUCGAACGGGAAGCGGAAGCUGGAGGAAGCUGACGGCGACGGCACCGGCAAGAGGGCGAGGCGGGGGGACGCAUGA